AUGGCCAUACAUAAAUCUCUCUCCCUCGCUUUUCUCCUCUUUUUCCUACCCUUUCAUUCUUCUUCUCAUGCAACAAUAUCAUCUGCAACAGCAGCACUGCCAGAAGCAGAGGCUCUCCUGAAAUGGAAAGCCAGCCUCUCACCAGCACAAGCUCUCCACUCAUGGUCACUUCCUGCUACUAAUGCCAGCACCAACACCCUAUCUCCAUGCAAAUGGACUGGGAUCUCAUGUAACAGCCUUGGAAGUGUAACAGAGAUAAGCCUACCGAGUGCAGGCUUGCAAGGUAAGCUCGACAACUUGAGCUUCCCCUCAUUUCCAAACCUCGUUCAUCUCAAUCUCAGUAGCAACACUCUCACUGGUACCAUCCCAGCUCAUAUUGGCGCUCUUUAUAAACUCACAUCCCUCGAUCUGUCUGCAAAUAGUAUAAGUGGAUCAAUACCCCUUGAUAUAGGGAAUCUUGUGAAUUUGAAUGAACUAGACUUGUCCAUUAACCAUCUAGAUGGUUCCAUCCCUUCCACUUUAGGGAACUUGUCAAAGCUGUCCAUCUUGUACCUGGACCAAAAUCGAAUCUCUGGCUCCAUUCCACCACGGAUGGGGAAUCUGCAAGAUCUGGUUCUGUUGGCUGUGUAUCAAAAUAAUCUGACUGGUCUGAUCCCUCCUGCUUUGGGUAAUUUGAGGAACCUUACACUAUUGUCCCUCUACAACAAUCAGAUUUCUGGUUCAAUUCCUCCACAAUUUGGGAAUUUAAUGAAUCUCAAAAAGCUUGAUCUGUCCAAUAACAGUCUAGCAGUAACAGUCUAA